AUGCGUAGUCCAUGGCUGCCUGGACUAUGGGAUCGGGCACGCUGGGGGGGGAAGGGGGCUGUAGGGGAGGGAUUGACUGCUGGUGGGUCUAGUGGGCUUAUGGGUGGAGUUGGUGGAAUUAUGGGUGGGCUUAGAGGAUUGUUGGGUGCAGGAAGAAGAGGAGGGAGAGUUGCAGAAGGCAAUGGGUUUGGUGCUGGUGAUUCAGAAGGUGGAGAAGAGAAUGGAGAGCUGCCUUGUACUACUGGUUCCGCAGGUCAGGAGGCAAGGUCAACUACAGAUGCUGCAUUGAUGGCCUUGAGUUCUGCUGUUGGCUUCGCAGCAAGUCAAGGUGCAGACUUCCUCGAAAUAGAGGGAGAGAACGAAUCUAUAUUCUCUUUGGUCACAUCCCAGGUCCCUCCACAAGAUGCAAUGACAGCAGAGCUUCUUUUUAAGUGCCUAAAAGAGCUGGAUAAUUUGAGAAGGGUGGAGUUUUGCCAUGUGAUACCUGAAACCAAUGAAGCGGCGAACCUCCUAGCCAGAAUGGCUAUGGAGACGGAGGAGAGCUGGUUCUUUGCACGUGAUGCUCCCCCUGAUAUAGUUGCAAGUCUGGAUGCUGAUGUCAAUGGUCGUUAUGUGCCAUGGGUGCAUCCGAGAUAUCUGUGAUUGCAUUCUUUCAAUAAGUUCGUCCUUCUCAUUUUCGUAAUAAAAUUGGAGUAUGUUAAGAAUUAUGAGGCUCCCUUUCCGGAGAGUACCUCAAGGAUUCAAGAGUCGUUUCAAUAAGUACUUUCAGUGUCACA